UUCGCGCUCUGUUUCGGCGCGGUCGGAUUUCAUUAUUUUGAAGGUUGGAAUUGGGUUGACAGUUUCUACAUGGCAACUGAAACCGUCACGACCGUCGGCUACGGCGAUCUGCCGCCGCGUUCGCAGAGCGGAAAACUUUUUGCGAUGGUUUUUAUGCUGCUCGGCGCGGGAACGGUUUUGUAUGCUUUGACCGUUUUGGCUCAGUCGGUUUUGCAAUCCGAACUCGUCGAA